AUGAAUGAUCAAUUUACAACACAAACAGCACCAGCACCAAUAGUUUUAAAAUUGAAAAAGUACGAUGAUCAUCAUUCAGAUGUCAUACUUCCUCAUACAUCUCAUUUAGCAACAGAAACUAUCGAUGAUGGACUUCCAAUGCCAUCAUCAUCAAUUAUUCGAAAUAGUGAUAGCACUGGCGUUGCUAAUGCAUCACCGUCAACACUUCGCGUCAAAUUAAAAAAUCCAUUUCUUAAUGGUGGUGCUGAUCAUAAUGAUGAAGAAUAUACAGAUUCGAUUUCGUCAGAAAAUAUAACUCGUCCAGCUAAACGUAGUAAAAAAUCAUUAUCAAACGAUAAUGUUAGUAAUAACAUUACACAACAAGAACAUUGUAUAACAACUGAACAAUCUUUAACUUCACCAUUAGUUCUUAAAAUUCGUCGAGAUAGUUUAGCUAUGGCAACUACAAAUUCAUCGAAUGGGAUUCCGCCAAUAGUUGAAAAUGAAACAAAUCGACAAUUAUUAAUUAAACUUAAAAAAAAUGAACAUGGUGAAUUAAUAACAAGUAAAAAUUCAAUUGAUUUAUCAAUGUCAACAGAAUAUUUAAUAAAUGAACAACAAAAUUGUUCAACAAUAAAUGAAAUUUCAUCAACAAAUUAUUCUGAAACACUACAUACAAAUGGUCAUAACGAUUCAUUGUAUAAACCAUUGACUGUACAAUCGUCAUCAACACCACAUAUUACAAAUAUGUUAUCAAAUAUUAAUACAGAUAAUAAUAAUCAAAUAUCUCAACAAAAAACAACAACAACAUCAGAUGAAAUUGUUGAAACUCAUACAAAAGAACUAUUAGAUGAAGCAUUAGAUAGUGUAAAAAAUGUGUUAAUGCAAACAUUUAAAAAAAAUUUGGAAGCAGGCGGUGAUCUUAAUGCUUUAAAAAGUACAUUGGGUUCAGAUGAAGUUGCAGAAGUCUUUCUUGCAAAAUUACGACAAUCACUUAAACGUGAUACAGAAAAUGAAAUAAAAUCUCAAGAAAUUAACGUCAAUACAGAAAUUCAUUCAUCACAAACUUCAACAGCAUCAACUUUUUCAAAUACAAUGAUAUCACCAGUAAUGAAUGUUGUUUCAUCACCUUCAUCAUCACCAUUAUUACCAUCAAUGAUUAGUAAAAAUACUUCACCAUCACCAUCACCUCAGUCACAAAUUACGAAUGUUAGUAAUAAAAGAAAAUCUUCAACACCAUCAACAAAUCCAAAUCGUUUUGAUGGUACAACGGAAGAAGAAUUAACUAAACGUCUUCUAUCAGAUAUUCUUCAACCAAAUCUUGAUAUUGUUUUUGUAGGAAUUAAUCCAAGUCUUUAUGCUGUACAUAAAGGGCAUCAUUAUGGUGGACCAGGAAAUCAUUUUUGGAAAUUAUUACAUAUGUCGGGUUUAAUACCAACUGCACUUAGUGCUAAUGAUGACUAUCGUAUGCCACAAUAUGGUAUUGGCUUUACAAAUAUUGUACAAAGGCCAACGAAAGCUGGAUCAGAUAUUACAAAAGAUGAAAUAACUGCUGGUGCUGAAGUUUUAAUGCAAAAAAUUAAAAUGUAUAGACCGAAAAUUGUUGCAUUUAAUGGAAGAGGAAUCUAUGAAGUUUAUGCUGGUAAUAAACAUUUUCAUUAUGGAAAACAACCUGAAUUAUUUCUUGGUACAGAUACACACGUAUUUGUAAUGCCAUCAUCAAGUGCUCGUUGUUCACAAUUACCACGUGCCGAAGACAAAUUACCAUUUUAUGUUGGUUUAAGAAAAUUACGUGAUUUUGUAAAUGGUUCAUUGCAUUCAUUAAAUGAAGCUGAAAUAACAUUUCCUGAUAUAAAAAUAAAAGAUACCGAUGAUGUUUUACAAAAAACAGUAAUACGUAUAAGUAAUAAACCAUUUUCUGAAUUAUCAGCUGAAUCACUUAAAUGUUAUGGUGAUAAAAUUCCAUCUGGACAAAUGAUAUCCAAACAUAUAUCAUCAUCUCAACAAAUAAUUUGUCCAUCACGAUCAUCAUCACCGUCAUCGAAUUUAGUUUUUAAUACAGAUGCAUUAACAACACAAACAAUGUCUAUUUUACAUAAUACAAAUCAUCAUCAACAAAAUGAAAAUUUAAUUACUUAUGAUCAACAAACACAACGUGUUUAUCUACAAAAUAAUGGAAGUUAUUCACCGUCACCACCACCACCAACUAAUCAACAACAACAACAACAGCAUCAACAACGUUCAUCAACAAAUUCUUUUAUUGAUAAUUCAUCUUCAAGUACAAAUGCAGCUGUUCUUGCUGCAUUAGCUAAUGGAGGACUUAAUUCAUCAUCGUCAUCUCAAUCUCAACCAACACAAACUAUUUUUAUUGGAGGACAACAUUCACAAUCACAAUCUAUUUCUUAUUCAAUACCUUCAUCUUUAAAUAAUACUUCAACAAUUUCAAAUUCUCGUUCAUCACCAAUAUCAUCUUAUGUAAUUCAUCAUUCUUCUCAGCCAUCAUCAUCAAUUGAUCAUCAAAACUCUUCAACAUGUCAAGUUUUUUCACGUCCAAUAAUAAGUAAUAGUUCAGAGCAAUUACCAUCAUUUGAUACAAUACUUAAUUCAUCAUCAUUAUCAAUUCGUACACAAAAAAUAUCUUCAAAAGAUUCUCUAUCUAGUCAUCAAACAAUACCAAAGCAAACAUUAAUUGUUGUACCAUCAACAAUAAAACCCGUAUCAUCAUGCCAAGUAACUUCAAAUUCAACAAAUUCAUCAGCUAUUAUCCUUCCGAAAAUAUCAAAUACAAAUUCAAUUGAAAAACGUUCAAAUGAUGAUUGUUUAUAUGUUCGUUAUGAACGUGAAACACAUACAAUGAAUAAUGAACAAUAUCGUUUUUCAUUCAUUAUUGACGAACAUUCACCAUCAUUACAUAAACGUUUACGAUAUGUGUCAAUAAAUGAUUUAUAA